CCGAGUCAUCACUUAUCAUCACUUAUCGAUUACCAAAAAAAUACUUAAGCAGUUAGUUGGUUGCACAUUCAACAGCCUCAUUCAUUAUCAAUCUCUGAUCUACACUGCCUGUAUCUUCAAAGCCUGUGUUUCCGAGUAAUAUGUGCUGCGGAAAAGUCAAACCUAAAAUGCUAAAAUUCAACCCAUGAGACACGUUGACCCAUGGUCUAAACACGGUAUGUUAGAAGAAGAGAUGGGUACACUCUCAUCAUCGUCAUUUUCUUUGCUCCGUUAUCAGUAUUGUGGCAAGCAGAAGUUUUGCUCUAGAGUACCAGGAGUGCCAGCUAACAUAUUGAGUUCUGCAAAUUUUAUCUCACAAUACCUACUGCAAGCCUAUCCAUUUACGGGAGAGCAAAAGAUGUUUACAAAGUUCUUACAAAUUCAGAUCACUACCACACACGCCUUUGAAUUGGCUUAUUGAGUUCUCCAAAUUUUAUCUCACGAAACCUAAUGCAAGCCUAUCCAUAUACGUGAGAACAAAAGAUGUUUACAAAGUUCUUACAGAUAGAUUAACACGGGAAAUCUGAACACAAACCACUACCACAUAGGAAAUUGGAUUGGUCAAUACCGUAGUCACUCAUCCGAUGCAGUCAGUGUUCUCUAGUCUUCUGACCAUUUAUUAGUUGUGCAAACAAGGGACGUAGUGUUAACUCGGUCUCAGUAUAAAGCGUUUGGAAAGCUCAUCAUUUUACGAUAGUUUAUCGAAUCUAGAGAACAUGGACGUAAAAUCACAUUUGACGAAAAGUUUGUGGGAUCAAAAACACAUACGCGAUGUUAGUGAAGAUAAAUUUGUGGGGGAAAAACAGUGGCCUUACAAUGGAGCGCCCACGAUGUUAUAUGAGCAAAGCUAUGAGGUAUCCAUUAAGAAAGAAGACAAUACUGACUUCCAGGAAAGCCCCCUCGAUUUAAGUAUUCGGAAAGAUCACUGCAGUAACAUUCCGACCGUUGUUCCGAUGCCAAGUUUCACGUCCGGUACAGAAAUUCAACAAACAGUCAUGGCGGGAUGCAUCCACAAUCAGCAGUGGAGCUCUGCUCAAACACCACCGAACAGCGAUCCACAAGUGUACAUAAUAGAUUUUGUUGAGGACAAUACAAAGCAAAUCGAAGAAGGUAUUGAACGAUACUGCCCUGAUGUUGUGCAGAAAAUAAAAACCGAGCCUUUGUACGAAUUGCAACCAGUACAUCAAGCAAACCUUAAGCUUUCGCCAAGCCCUUGCUACGCACCAAUAUCGCCAUACGAUGCAGCAGAACCACCUCCGCGAUUGACUAGCGGAGAAAACAUUCCAUCAACGCAACUAGCUCCUGACUUGAUUGAUGCAUCGGAGCCUAGUUCGGCCUACAGCAUUCCAUCUACAAGCUAUGUCCAAGUGCCGUCCUUCGAUUUUGUUGAUCUAGCUGCUACACAUUCAGCGUCUCCAACCGUUCAAGACAUCGAUCCAUUAGAAGUCUAUACGGUUUGGGAUAUCUAUCCAGCCGAUGCCUCACAACCCGAGGCAACUGAAAAGCCCAUCCCGAGGAAAAGAUUCCGCAAGCUUAAAAUCCCUUACGGCACCGAGUUCUAUUGCAAGAUCUGCGAGAAGCAAUUCGGCAGACAGGGUAGCUUAUUGCAGCAUUGGCGUCUAAAGCACGAGGAAACUCGGCCGUUCCGGUGUGACAUCUGCGGGAAACGAUACCUCACAGAGCAAGACAUGCUCGGGCAUCGCCAGAAUCAUGAUCCCAGCAAGAAGCGGCAUAAGUGCCAGAGUUGCGAGAAAACCUAUCGAUACAUAAGCGAUCGUGAGCGGCACUUCAAAUUGCACCACGGAACGCCGUCGCAUGUAUGCGUGAUUGAGGGCUGUCUGAUGGCGUUUACACGACGCGAUCAGUUGUUGUCGCACUACAGGACCCACAAUGACCGAAUGGAGAAUAAAGGCAAACAGAAGAGACGCAAGCCGCGGGAGCAUUGAAGAGUGUUUUUUGAACGGACAUCGGUGGCGCUCGCAUUGAUUUUACUCUCGUUUGAUCUUAUUCCUACUUGACGGUUUUCGCAUGGAACGACCUGAUUUCAUGAAUGAUGAUAUUAACGGCUGUUUGUGUGAUAUAUUUUAUACAGUAUGUAAUAAUAAAUCUUUUAAACGUAAAUGUGUUUGACUCUCUUACGUUUUUCCAAUUCUAAUCUAAAAAUAACAGUUGAAAAUGGAAAAUUCACCUAGGAUUUUUCUUCUGAGCCAAACCGUAUUCACCUUUUUCUCUACGUCGUUUCAUUUUUAAGCUUAUCACUUGACCAAAACAUUCCAAAAUCCUCCGGCUUUUUGCUCCCAAAGCAAGAUGUAAUUGUAGGCCAUGGGUCUAAGCCAAACAAGGCUUUGCUAAAUCUCAAUACACUU